UGUAGUAACAGGUACGCGCGGAGCUUAUUGAUAAACAGCGUAAAGGUAAUAUCUUUCUUUUUCAAAGUAUCGUGUAAAUCUGUUAACUAAGUCCAAUACAACAGCCAUCAUCUGUAGUGGAACUACAUUAACCACAAUCCUUCACUUGAAUGUCGAAAACUGGAAGAGGUCAAAACAGAACCGUUCAGUGAAAGAGAGACUGCAGGCGUGGAGACGUUGAUAAGUGUCUCUGAUGGCUGGCCGGCUCCUCAAAGUCUCCUCUUUGGCCACAGCAGUGUUUGCCUCCUCUGGGUUUUACCUCUACAACAAACAACUUGACCUCAAUGAUCUAAGUAUCAUCCGCUUUGGACGAGCUGCAGUCACUACAGCGGCCAUCAGCUACGACUAUCUGACUGCUCUCAAACAUGUGGAAUAUGACACAGAGGAAUACUGGCUCCUCAAGUCCAAGGUGCAUCAGCGUUCGGCUGAGCGUCUUCGAGAUUUAUGCUGUGCCAACCGGGGAACGUUCAUCAAGGUGGGCCAGCACCUCGGUGCUCUGGACUAUCUCCUACCAGAGGAGUAUACAUCCACACUGAAAGUGCUCCACAGCCAAGCUCCCCAGAGCAGUAUGAAAGAGAUCCAGGAGGUCAUCAGAGAGGACCUCGGCAAGGAGCUGACAGAGUUAUUUGUCUCCUUUGAGGAGAAGCCUCAGGGUGCCGCCUCCUUAGCCCAGGUCCACAAGGCAAUACUGCAUGAUGGGAGGACGGUGGCUGUCAAAGUCCAACACCCCAAAGUCCAGAGACAAAGCUCCAAGGACAUAGUAGUGAUGGAGGUGUUGCUGAGGGCAGUCCAUUGGCUCUUCCCAGACUUUGCUUUCAUGUGGUUGGUGGAGGAAGCCAAGAAGAACAUGCCGCUGGAGCUGGACUUCCUUAAUGAAGGACACAAUGCAGAAAAGGUGUCCAGCAUGCUGGCUCACUUCCCCUUUCUCAAGGUUCCCAUGAUCCACUGGGACUUGUCCACUAAGAGGAUCCUGACCAUGGAGUUUGCUGAGGGGGGUCAGGUCAAUGAUGGGGAGUACAUGAAGAAACAUGGCAUUGAUGUCAACAAGAUUUCAGAAAACCUUGGCAAGAUGUACAGUGAAAUGAUCUUCGUCCACGGGUUUGUACACUGUGACCCCCACCCUGGCAAUGUGUUGGUUCGAAAGUGUCCCCAAAGCAAGAAGACAGAGAUUGUCCUGCUCGAUCACGGCCUCUAUCAGGUCCUACAGCCAGACUUCAGGUUGGACUACUGUCGGUUGUGGCAGGCUCUGAUUAAGGGUGACAUGUCCGGAGUGGAGUGUUACAGCCGCAGACUGGGAGCUGGAGAUCUCUACCCACUGUUCGCCUGUGUGCUCACUGCUCGCUCCUGGACCGCUGUCAAUGCUGGCAUCAGUUCUGUGCCUGUCACGCACUCUGAGGAUGUUGAAAUCCGGACCAAUGCAGCUCUGUACCUGCCCCAGAUCAGUGACCUUUUGAACCGAGUGCCUCGGCAGAUGCUGCUGCUGCUGAAGACCAAUGACCUGCUGAGGGGCAUUGAGACUGCCUUACAGACCAGAGCCUCCUCCUCCUCCUUCAUCAACAUGUCCCGCUGCUGCAUACGUGCUAUGGCCAGACAUAAGAGGAGUAAGAUUCAGUCCAGGAGGAGGCGUCUGCAGAUCACACUGGCAGAGUCUUUCUUCCUGUGGAGACUCAGCAUGUAUGAAUUGUUCCUGUGGCUGAGGGGCUCUGUGUUGGGACACUGGCUGACUGCUCUGCUGGAAAUGCUGCACUGAGAUGGGCUAUAACAUUAACAAGAGGCUGCAACUGUUGGCUCGUGGAGUGAAUGUGUUCCACUUAUGUUAUUAUUCAGUUUGGUAACACUUCAUUUUAGGGGUCCUCAAAUACCUAAAAUUUCUGGUAGCUUAAUUUCCAACUAGUUUCUGUGUAACAUCUACUGAGCAGGCCACUAAAUUGAAGCCAACUGUUAGAGCUUAAUUUCCAAAUAUCUUCUGCCUACCAUCUACAUUCUUGCCAAUCUCUGUAUAAUAAUAAUAAUUUCAGCAGAUCAGUCCAAUUUUGUACUAAAUUUCCGAAAUGUUCUUUUUUUUGUAGCCACCAUAAACCGCUAACUACCCACAAAUACAACUUCAUAAACAAGACUGAAGUUACUAAUUGCCCAUUGCUCAUUCCUUCUGAUACGAAACUGCAUUUAUGUUGUUACUUUUAAACCUUAAAUAAGGAUCUAAUGUCUUUAAAAAUGUGUUUAAC